AUGCCCACUCAGGGGCCCCAGAAGAGGCUUCUGGGUUCUCUCAACUCCACCUCCACAGCCACCCCUCACCUUGGACUGGCCACCAACCAGACAGGGCCUUGGUGCCUGCAGGUGUCUAUCCCAGAUGGCCUCUUCCUCAGCCUGGGGCUGGUGAGUCUGGUGGAGAAUGUGCUGGUCGUGAUAGCCAUCACCAAAAACCGCAACCUGCACUCACCCAUGUAUUGCUUCAUCUGCUGUCUGGCCCUGUCUGACCUGAUGGUGAGUAUAAGCAUCGUGCUGGAGACUGCUAUCAUCCUGCUCCUGGAGGCGGGGGCCCUGGUGACCCGGGCUGCCUUGGUGCAGCAGCUAGACAAUGUCAUGGACGUGCUCAUCUGUGGCUCCAUGGUGUCCAGCCUGUGCUUCCUCGGUGUCAUCGCCAUAGACCGCUACAUCUCCAUCUUCUACGCCCUGCGUUACCACAGCAUUGUGACACUGCCCCGGGCGCGACGGGCCAUCGUGAGCGUCUGGGUGGCCAGCGCCUCCUUCAGCACCCUCUUUAUCACCUACUACAACCACACAGCCAUCCUCAUCUGCCUUGUCACUUUCUUCCUCGCAAUGCUGGCACUCAUGGCCAUUCUGUAUGCCCACAUGUUCACUCGAGCAUGCCAGCAUGCACAAGGGAUCGCCCGGCUCCACAAGAGGCAGCGCUCUGCCCGCCAAGGCUUCUGCCUUAAGGGUGCCGCCACCCUCACUAUCCUUCUGGGAAUUUUCUUCCUAUGCUGGGGCCCCUUCUUCCUACAUCUCUUACUCAUCGUCCUCUGCCCUCAGCACCCCACCUGCAGCUGCGUCUUUAAGAACUUCAACCUCUUCCUCGUUCUCAUCAUCUUCAGCUCCGUCGUUGACCCCCUCAUCUAUGCUUUUCGCAGUCAGGAGCUCCGCAUGACGCUCAGGGAGGUGCUGCUGUGCUCAUGGUGA